CUCUGUUUAUGCCGCACGAAGCACGUGGUUCGAUAACCUCCCCCUCUCCGCUUACGGGCCAGCCUUCGCCGCCGCUCGUCUCAUUUUCUGCCCGGCGUCGGAACCGAGGGACCGACGAAUUCCGAGCCACCCCAAGCGCUGAUUUUAAGCGCUGCCCGGCCACCGACGCGGCACGAACGUUUCGGCGAAGCUGUCCUGCCCAGGGAUACCGCAUUUCGUCCUCGGUCCUGCCACGUGUUAGCGUCAAAGAGCGGUUUUAAUGCUUCAUCAGCCUUCCAGUGAGUUUCUGGAUGAGGAACUUGCACUCAUGGAAUCCUUAAGUGACCACAACUAUAACAGAGUGCUGCCGAAUUUUAACGGUAUGCUUGACAAUGCCAGUGAUAUUCCACUGGUGGAUCGCCGACCCCUCAGCAGACAAUAUGAUAAUGCAGCUGAGGACUGCCUAAAUUUUAACGGGCACAGCAACUGUGGCCUCAGGAACAGUGUGCUGCCAGGCAGCACAGGCGGUUUGUCUAGCUUACUCUCUAACCCCGCCUACUUGGCAGCCUACCAGAAUGGCAAUGGUCUGGGCUCAUUAUAUCCCAGUGACAUGCGUCUCUCCGAAGCCUCUCUCGGUAGACUACUACGGCAGGGCACUCUCCAAACCUCGCCUGUCGGCACUGGACCUCGAGCCAUCCGCUCUGCAUCACCUUACGCACCUUACAGCUAUCAAGGGAGCCCAUCUGCGGAGCGGUCUUUAGCCUAUGGAUGUGACCCAUUCCGGGAUUCCAGAAGCCUUUCCCCAGAGUCGGACUCCAGUGGUGUCAGCUGUGGCACAGAAAUAAGCACCUUGUCGGAUCUCAUGAACUCCUUGGUAAUGACGCCUAGCCCUCGAGCCCACACGCAUACAAAUGGCUUCAGUAUGCGCUCAGAUCUGGACCUGCUCAGCAACCCGUUCUCAUUUCUCACGGACCAGCGCUGGUCGCCUGCUGGCAGCCCACCCACUUCAGGCUUGGAAGACUCUGACAACAUUGAGAAGGCGGCUAAGCUGCACAGAUCUGCUGCGAGUUUCUCGGAGGCCAGCUGCUGCUGGAGUGGGACCUUGCCUCCACGUGCUCUCAAGAGCUCAUCCCUGUCAUGCAAAGUGUUCCUGGGAGGAGUGCCCUGGGACAUAUCCGAGCCGGGCCUCGUAGAGGCUUUUGCCUCCUUCGGCAACAUAAAGGUGCAGUGGCCAAGCCGCGAGCGGAGCCAGAGCUUUCCCCCCAAGGCGGGCUAUGUGUACAUCAUCUUUGAGAACGAGAAGCAGGUCAAGAUGCUGCUGCGGUCAUGCAGUCAGGACUUCAUGAAUGGCGGCAACUGGUACUACAAAAUAUCAUCGCGCCGCAUGCGUUGCAAGGAGGUGCAAGUGAUCCCAUGGGUGCUGAGUGACAGCAACUAUGUGCGCUGCCCGUCACAGCGGCUGGACCCAGCAAAGACUGUGUUUGUGGGAGCCCUGCAUGGCAUGCUCAAUGCGCAGGGCCUGGCCCUUGUGAUGGAAGAACUCUUUGGGGGAGUCCUGUAUGCGGGCAUUGACACGGACAAGUACAAGUACCCAAUUGGGUCUGGCAGGGUGACAUUCAACAACCAGAAGAGCUACCUGAAGGCUGUGGCUGCAUCAUUUGUGGAGAUUAAGACUCCUCGAUUUUCAAAAAAGGUGCAAGUGGAUCCCUACCUGGAGGACUCCAUGUGCUCUUCGUGCAACAAGCAGCCGGGCCCAAUCUUCUGCCGCGACAUGGUCUGCUUCCGCUACUUUUGCCGCACCUGCUGGAAUUGGCACCACAAUGUUGACGGAAUGCGCAACCACAAGCCUCUGAUGCGCAACAAAGCCAACACACGCUGAGCCACAUCCCUCCACCAGCCAACUUAUACCCCAGCAGCCCUUUUUUUUAGGAAGCAGCCUCCUUGCUCGAGCAUUUCUUCUUAUUCAGCGCAAUCCCGCCCCCAUGUUUGUUUUAACCCCCUGUUGUUGUUCGUGCACAUAUUUCUCCUACUGUUACUCUUCUUCUUUCGCGCUCUGUUUUAACCUUGCUGUGUUACCUUUUUGUUGCCAUCCCACCUUUUUCCUCUCUCCACCGAAGAUGACUGGAGAGAGAGAUAGGGGAACUUUUUUUUUUCUCAUGUUUUCUAUGCCGUGUGCACUGGUUGUUAUGCGUGGUUGUUAGAUUGUUUUUCCUUCUCUUUGUUAAAUAACUAAAAAAAAAGUGCUAUACCUAUUGUUUUGUGCAAGAAACAGGGAUAAGUGUCCCACACGUCCAUCCUCCCUGCUGCUGCUGUGCCUUUUUUUCUUCGUGUCUGCGGAUGGUUUCCCUUUCUGUAUUGCCCGUUACUAGUACGGAGUACUAACAUAGAAAAAAAAAUAUUUUGCCUCAGGAGAGGCUGAUAUGCACUGGCAGGGUGGAUGUUCGUCGUUGCUCGUGUGCCUUUUUCAAUUGCUAGUCCUUUAUUAUGCUCUUGUGGAGGUUGUUUACCUACUCCAGCACGUCUUGUGUAUGUUUUUUUCUGCUCGAACAAGUGUUUUUAUUUUACAGGGGCUAUCUAUUCUCAAAGCCCUGUAGUCCACAAAGUGCUGCGAUACCAACGUGAUUUUUUUCCUUACUAGAGUUCUUCGGGGGUAUAUUUAUUAGUUUUACCUGUACAGAUGGCAUACAUGGGCAAGGAUUUAAAAUCCGGUGCUGCCUUUUGUAGUUUUCUUAAGACCAUUUUAAUACCACCCCCCGGCUCUGCUCUUAAAAUAUUUCUACAUACGUGCCCUUUUUUGUACGACAUCCUCCACCGUUAGCACAUUCUACUAGUCAAGCCUUUUUUUUUCUAUUUUUAAACAUUUGAAACUGUUCCUUCUUUAUGUAAGAAACAAAUACAGACAUCAUGUCAUUGUAGUCUACUGCAUUUCUACGCUGUUAUGAACAGUUCCUGUGAAUGCCUUAAAUAUUUCCAGGUGCAAAGUUUUAAUGGCUCAGCUGUUGUUGGGCAAAUAGGGUGCUUGAAGGUUGAGGUAUUUUUUUCUAUUUAGUGAGAAACACCGGUAGCUCUGUACGGAUUUGACUACGGAAUGGAUCAUGGACCAAAUUUCUUAAGUGCAAUAGGAGGUCUUGAAGCCAUCUCCUUUUGCAUGGAAGUUUGGGAUCUGCAAAUUUUUGAAGUUUUUCGUGCAUUGGGAACAUCGAGACCAAUGUUUCAUUUUUUUCUGUAAUCCUAAGAAAAAUAAAUUCCUGCAUAUGAA